GUCCCACCUUCUGCUACCAGGUGGUGGCGGUAUAUGCCUAACCACGCCUAUAAAAUUAGGAAGAAGAAGACGGGGCUCUGACUAAAAACUACACGGACUUAUAUCGUCUAAAGGCCUUCCUUCGACGCCAUGACGAGGUGGGCGAGAGCCAACAACGUCCACAAACACAAAGCAGCCGAGGCGACUCCCUGGAAUCAGCUCAGAUCAGCCGGGAGAAGACAAGAUGGAGGUGUGCCUGCUGGGCCGUCACGGCCGGGUCAGACGGACCCUCUGAGAAAGACCUGCGCUUCUGCCGAGAGGAAGCCCAACCGCAAGAAGAAAGAGUACGCCAGCGAGGACGUGAACGGGUUCCUGGAGUACCUGAAGCAGAGCGGUCAGGACGGAGGCAGGGAGGCGGAGACGGAGCUCAAGGAGACGGUGGAGGUGGCCCUGAAGAAAGACAGGAGGAGGGAAGACAGGAGGGUGAAGAGGCAGACGGACAAGAAGAGUAAGAUGGUGUGCUUUAACUGCAGGAAGCCAGGUCACGGUCUGGCUGACUGUCCAGAAGCCGACAGAGACGAGGAAAUGGGCCGCGGCAUCUGCUUCCGCUGCGGCUCCACAGAGCAUGAGAUCCAGAGGUGCCGAGCCAAAGUGGACCCAGCACUGGGUGAAUACCCGUAUGCUAAAUGCUUCAUCUGCGGUCAGACUGGACACCUGUCACGCUCCUGCCCUGACAAUCCCAAAGGGCUCUAUGCUCAAGGUGGCUGCUGUCGUGUCUGUGGUUCUGUGGAACAUUUCCAGAAGGAUUGUCCGGAGCACCAGGCAGCAACUAACUCUGUGACUCUGGGCUGGUUGUCCAACAACAUGAGCGCCGACCUGGAGGACGUUCACGUUCCAGUGAAGAAAGCCAAACCCAAGCAGGCCAAAGUGAUAACCUUCUGAUGGGACAUGAGAGGACGUUAGAGCCUUCACCUUGUGGACUCUUCAGAACCGGACCAGUGGGUCAAAAUGCGACUCUGAGUUACUGAAGUUUUGUUUCAAAUGUUGGCUUACACAGACUGCUGGAGGUGAAUCGUUUCACCAAAUAACAGAACUCAGGAAAGCCAGACUGUCCAACCGGAGCUGUGUACCGUUGGUGUUCAUGUGUGUUUGCAGAAUCUAUUAAUUAUUCACACAUCAACUGUACAGCUCUUCUAAUACUGACGGUAUAAAACUAGAGCUAAUACAAUACAAUCAUAUUAGUAAUCGAUUAAUCAACCGAUUAUUCUGACGAUUACUCUGAUUAAAAAACGGGCAUAUUUUACAGUUAUUUCCUUGUAUGCAAUACAUUAAAAGAAAAACAUUAAAAAUGGA